GAAGAUGUGCACCUCGAUCACGUGGCACCGUUUGUGAGAGUCCGGCUGAGCCCGUUACAUUUCAAGACAUGAACGAAAUAAAAAAAGAAUGGAGUCAGUCUGCAACUCACGUCACAGUUUCUCUUUUUCUUGACAACUGUUCUCAGGAAGACAUUGAACUUCACUGGAGCGAUAUAGACUGCAAAGUUACAACAAAGGAUGGCAGAUCAUGGUCGUGUGUAUGGUACCUGGAGGUUGAUACUGCAUCUAGCAAAGCCCUGCGAAGAGGGAAGUAUCUGAAGUUAAAGAUGUCUAAAGCACAGCAAGGAAGGGAGUGGAAAUACUUAGAAAAACCAAAUGAAACAAAUGGUGAUACUAAUUCUAAUCAAAUUUCUAAUGUUGAUCAGUCAGGAUCAGCAUCUCAUCUUGUUAAAUGUGAAAUCUAUGAUAUUCGGCAUGUUCACUAUGUGUGGAGCGAAGAUAGUGAUUCCGUAAGUGUGAAAGUGAUGGUCAGCAAGGUUAAGAAAGACAGUGUGACAGUUUAUUGGCUUACCAAUAGCUUCAUUCUAGUAUUUGCAACAAGCAAUUCUGAAUUCAUUGCUCAAUAUCCGGCAGCUAAUGAGUAUCGAUGGACUGUUAAUCUCAGGGGAGCUAUUGAUGAUGCCAAUUGCUCAUUUUGUGUUGAUGAUUACAUUCAGCUGAGGUUGACUAAAGCUGUACUUUCAACACUUUGGAUGUCAUUGGAAAAUCCUGAAAUACAAUGUCAUUCGUGCGAUCAGUUUGUCACGUCACAGUCAUUAACAAACUCAACUUCUGUGGGAGCUUGUAAUGUCAUUGGAGUGUCAGCUAGCAAUGAUCAGGAUCAGCGUGUUACUGCAAAACAAAAUUCCUCUGCUGAUUAUGAAGGCGACAAAGUGGAGGUAGAGAUAUUUGAUUCCCUGACAGAAACUGCCAAAUCCCUUAGUGCAAUGGACCAGAUGGUAAUUUCUGAUGACAGCUUUGUGCCUGAAGCUGAGAGUGAAGCUGCGCACAUGGUUAAAGCUAACAGUCAAGUACUUGCUGAUAAAACGUUUUUGCAAGAUGAUCCAGUUAUAGAAAAGCUACCGAAACAUCCUUGUACAACAGGAAUAAAAAACCUUGGAUAUACUUGUUUCUUAAGUAGCACUGUGCAAUGUCUAGCUCAUUGUCAGGAGUUGCGAGAUUACAUUCUUCUACACUAUUACAAAGCUGAUGUAAACAAGACUAAUCCCCUUGGAUUUAAAGGAGAGCUAGUGGAGCGUUUUUCUUCUGUUGUUCAAAGACUGUGGAGUGACGAAUAUAAGUGUAUCAGUCCACACAAGCUACUCAGAGUUUUUCGAUCUAGAGUUGAUUAUUUUGCUGACACAGCGCAACAUGAUGCUCAAGAGUUUAUGAACUUUCUGUUAGAUGGCUUACAUGAGGAUGUUAACAGAAUUCAAACCAAGCCUGUUGUCUCUGCAGUUGAAGCGGAUGGUAGAUCAGACCAGGUGGUAGCUGAAGAAGCUUGGCUAAUGCACAAGAAAAGAAAUGAUUCAAUUAUUAGUGAUUUGUUUCAGGGGCAGUUCAAGUCUACUGUUUGUUGUCCUCAGUGUCAAAAUGUAUCUGUUACUUUUGAUCCAUUUACACAAAUAUCUGUUCCUCUGCCUAAACAGCAUCGGGUUGUCAAAAUCAUCUUCAUGCAUCAAUUGGAGACAAAUAUGUCUCGAUUCUAUGUGCAAGUUCAAGAUGAUGCUAAUGUAGAUCAAGUUUUGAAGCUAGUUGCACAAAAAGCUGACUUGACAGAUCAUUCUACACUUACAGUUUAUGAAAUUUUGAAUGGACUGAUUCACCGAACGUUGGCGAGGAAUACUGUUGUGUCAAAAAUACAACCAGGAGAGCAACUGAUUGUAACUGAUGUGUGCAAUGUAGAAUCUUAUGAAGAGCCAGUAACGAUAUGGGUGUACCAGACUUCUACUUUCUGUCCUAUUCCUAAGGUGUGCUCUUCGUGCAAAAAGAAAGCAGAUGAAACCUGUACUAAAUUGCAGCGGUGUGGACGGUGUUUUCAAGUGGCAUACUGCAGCAAGCACUGUCAAAGUGUUCAUUGGAACAAUGGACAUUCACGCUUGUGUGGCAGCAAUAGAAAAUAUUUUGGGUUUCCAUUUGUGUUUCGUCUACCUUCAAGUCAGGCUACCUACAGUCAAAUUUGUUCUCUGUGUUUCAAGUUUGCGCGUCUGUCUGUCUCUGUCACUGCCUUGAAUGUUGACAAUGGGAAGUUUGCAGAAAACAAGGUUCAAUUAGAUAAGCAAUUUUCUCUUCGACCAGUCAAUUUGUAUGGAGAAGACAUCAGGCAGCAACCUCUUACAGACCAAGGAAACAAUCAGGUGGUGUUUAAGCGGUGUGUUUUUUUGGCCAUGGAGUGGCAAAACAAUCCAAAGAAGUCACACAGUGUAGUGGUCAAGGAGAGAGAGAAAAUGGAAUUCGUUGUAGAUGAAAACGAAAAGCCUGAGACAGCAGAGAAGCUUACUCUCGACCAGUGCUUGAAACUGUUUACAGCUCCUGAACAGCUAACAAAAACUGACAGCUGGUACUGCUCAAAGUGUAAGGAGCAUACGGAAGCAAAGAAAGAAAUAGCUAUUUGGCGCCUUCCACACAUUCUUGUUUUGCACCUUAAAAGAUUCAAGUAUUCAGGAAAUAUUUGGCGUGACAAGAUAACUUCUUUCGUAGAUUUUCCUGAAAGAGGAAUGAACAUGGAACCCUAUCUAGCUGACAAGAGAGUGUUGCAAAAGUCCAAGGAAUAUGACUUGUUUGGUGUUGUGUAUCAUCACGGUGCUGUGUUUGGAGGACAUUAUGUGGCUACUUCUAGAUUAUCCAGUUACAACUGUGAGAAAUUGCCAGAGUUUUACCGAUACGAUGAUGAAAUAGUAGAACCAUUGAUAUGUUCACCUGUGACAAGAUUUGCGUAUGUAUUAUUUUAUCGCCGAAAGGAAGACUUCCACUUGUCAAUCUCAAAUAAUCUAGAAUCACCGUCGUCAGAUGACAGCACUGCUGACAGACUGUACAACACUAGCUGUGUAAGCACUUCCUUAGAAGAAGAAAGAUCAACUGUAUCAACUGUUAUGGAAGAACAGACACAUACUCCACCACCUAAACGUACUAUUGGUCUUUGUGAGACGUCUACUGAGAGCAGUCUAAACAGUCGUGAUGCAUCUACGGAUAACUGAUGUUGGAUUAUAGACGCUGUUUGAAGUUGUAUUUUAAUAACAAAUACAGGGAAAUAUACAAGUUGUGAGCUCGAUAUUGCAUUGUAAUUACCCCGUGCACAUGCGCUUGUGGUAUGAAGAAUUCAGUGGUGUUAAUUAAAUAA